CGUAUAUUUGAAAAGUCCUGUUCUUCUUCUCGCUCUCAUAUUCCGGUGCAAGCCACUAACACUGCACCGACCAUGGCGUUAUCCAACUGGGCAGCAUAUCUGAACAGGUCAACAAAACUGCUCAGAGACAGUAGCAUCAAAAUACUCCGUAUGGAAGGCGCAGACGGGCCUUCAAGAGCACCUUUGACGCUCUUCAGGUUAAAUUCUAAACAGGACAUCGAACAGUUUGCGACUGGCUGCGAUGCAGAUAUUGGUGGCACGUCCACUGUCCAUUUAGAGCUUGACGAGUCCACGGAGCGUAACAAGGGCAGUGGGGCCACAGCUACGGGUCGCUUUUGGGGCGAGAUGCGACUGGAUGUCAGACCGGAACUGCAAGGGCGAAUCAGAGGUGGAUAUACUGGGUUCCGGUCCAAGCCCCGCCCGACACUCUUUGGUGAAAUGGUCGACGACGUUUCAAAUCACCAAUUCCUUGCCCUGAGGCUACGCCUCGGUGGUGAUCCCCGGUUACGCAACUCGUAUUUUGUGAAUUUACAAACUGACGGGCCGAUCACGACGGACCUGUGGCAGCACCGGCUCUACUUCCAACGAAAUGAUGGUGACUGGGAAGAUGUAUUCAUACCGUUUGAGAACUUUAUACUGACAAAUACUGGUGAAUUGGUGCAGCAUCAAAUUACGAUGAUGCGCGAGCGGAUACGGACAGUUGGGAUAUCGCUGCUUGGAGGAAACAGCGGUGUUCCGGGUUCUUAUGACCUCGGCAUUGACUCCAUACGGGUGGUGAAUGAGGAAGACGUGUCACGGCCUUCAUCGAUAGAAAAGGAUCCAUCCCGUGGCAUUUGAGCGCUACUACGUACAUUUCACCACGUUGGACACUUCAACAAAAAAAACUUGCAUGAGCAUCUAACGGGUUUGGUCCAUAAUCAUAAACUAUAUAUACAACGGCCUAUACAACGGCAACCGUUUUGUAGCCGACGGGGCUGACGAGUUAUAGAACCGCAGAAGAACGUACAAAGGUCAAAAAGCCCAUCAGUCAGCCAGCAGGGAGCGCGAGGAGUAGAAAAGUGUGUCCGGAGAUAAAGGAAGUGUGGGUAUAAGGAUGUUCUCAUACGACUACACAACCACUGCAGCAUCCGCCAUGAUCGCCUUCAUGAGCGUCACCUUUGCCACUGUAGACGCCAGGUCCGCCGCCACCGGAGUUGGCCAUAACGGGUCUGCCUGUUUGUUGCUCCUGCGAGAGUGAAUUACAUGAAUGAAUUGUCAGAAAUUAAUAAAAGAUUCUUACUUUGUUGUACUUUCUUAUCUCG